UUUCGUCGUCACAAACGGCGACUCGUCCCGCAGCGGCACCCCCACUUCACCAUCAAGCACGGCGACCGCAUCCCGCCGACCCUCCACCAUAACACGGGCCUGCAGCUCCAGGACAGCUCCACGCAGACCAUCACGGCCGAGCAGCUGCAGCUCACCGACCGGAACGCGCGCCGCCAACCUGAGCUUCAUCGUCACGCAGCCGCCGCACCCCGCAGAGAUCGACAGGUUCUACUUCCUGGCGACGGACGGGAGCAACAGAGGAUACCUGGAGUUUGGGCAGCUGAAGAGGAGCCGGCUGUUUUUAACGUUCAGGUGCAACGCGUGGACCGGACGCCUCCCAGUCUGACCACCAGGAGGAGCCCCAGCACCGUGGUGGACCUGGGCGGCGGUCGAUACGGCGUCUUCAUCACCUCCAAACACCUGCAGGCCUCGGACCCCGACAGCCCCGCGGAGGAGCUGGAGUUCUCCAUCACCAGACCGCCUCACUUCGGAUACCUGGAGAACGCUGUCACAGGAGCUUACAUUAAAGGUCGUUUCACGCAGCGGGACGUGGACCAGCGUGCCGUCGUGUUCGUCCUCCCCGUCGAUAUGGAGGUGACGGCCGACAGCUUCGAGUUCCGCCUCAUUGACCCGGCAGGAAACAUGGCGCUGCCCGAGAUACUGGACCUGUCCUGGUCUCGGGUGGAGUUGUCGGUGACCUGCUACCGAACCUGUGAGACGGCGGGGACGCUUCAGAUCCAAAUCCAACGCAGCGGAAAGAGCGUCGACCCGGCGUACAUAGCUAUCCAGGUGGAGGAGGGAUCGGCCAAACCCGGCAGAGAUUUCACCCACAGCACAGCCGCUCUCAUCCAGUUUGACCCAGGAGUCAGCGUGAAAACCUGGAACAUCUACCUGAUAGACGACGGUCUGGAGGAAAAUCACGAGACUUUCACUGUCACCCUGAAAAAUCCGAAAAACGCCGUCCUGGGACAGAGGACCUCCGCCAGGGUUGAGAUCAUCGACCCCAGAGGAGGACGGUGCGAUCCAGACGACCUGAGGGUGGAGGAGGAGGAGAAGCGGCUCCCUCCUCCUCGCCUCCCUGAUCCCCCCAGGCUGAGGGAGGAAGAGGACCCUGUCACAGACAUCGAGGCAGAGCUGCUGUGGGAGAACCAGCCUCACCCUCCUCGAGGAGACGUCCCAAACCGCCGGCCCUACCUGGACUAUGGAGAGGGAGAACCCCAGGACCAGGCGGCCCCCGGUUACACCCACAUCCACCCCCAAAGCAGGCAGCAGCCAGGGACCGGGAACACCGGACACAGGGUCAGAGAAGGAGGAUUAAAGGUCCAUCUGUCAGGAGAGAGGAGGUCUGAGGAGAAGGUGUGGACGUUCCACAGUAUGACUCCUCUCCGGCUGGAGGAGCUGAAGCCGGGUGAUGCUGGGUGGAGUCGCUGGUCUCACAGUCGCCUCCUGCAGGAGCUCCCGGUUGGUGACCCUCCUCAGAUGGAUCAUCCAGAACCCAGAAACCAGCCAGAGCUACGCCAGCGCAAGACGGGGAAGUCGGUCACCAGCUCGUGUCCCGACGGUUGGACUCACUACAGGAGACGCUGCUACGUGGUCAGCACGUCUGUGGCGAGCUGGGGCAGUGCAGAGAGGACCUGCUCACUGCUAUUUAACAGCAGCCUGACCAGCGUGCGCUCCAGAAGAGACAUGACCUGGCUGUGGAAGUUUGCAGGGAGGAAGCCAUUUUGGAUCGGUCUGUCUGGAGGUCCCGGUCGCUGGAUGUGGGCUGACGGUCGCUCUGUGUCCUUCUCCAGACUGAGGGGGGCGCCGCCGGGCAGCAGUGAGUCCGACGUAGGCUCUGACUGCGUGCUGGUCGAAACGCCCCGAAGCUGGAUCUCCACGAGCUGCUCCCCUGAAACCCAGCACACGUUUAUCUGCUCCUCUUCGGCUCACACUCACUGAGACGCGCUCAGCUGAUUCACUGCUACCCGUCCGUACAACCUCUGUGAACAUGUUACAUAUUUAAUGACACGCUACGAUGCUGCUCUGUACAUUAGUUUAUAUUUUUGUCAUAAUAAAGAUUGAUGCACAACCCAAAAUGAGACUCUUUAUUUAAGAAC